AUGGACGACGACGACGCAGCGCCGACGACGACGGCGUACGUCCGGACGUCCGAUCGUUUCCACCCGCUCGAGCACGCCAACGUCUUCUCGACGGCGACGCUCUCCUGGAUCGAUCCGCUCAUCCGCAAGGGCGCCGCGCAACCGCUCCAAGAAGACGACGUCUGGCCACUGCCCGCCAACGACACGGCUGCCGUUGUCUCGGCCCGGUUCCUGCACCAGUGGUCGAUCGAGAUCGCCAAGGCAACGCCAAAGCUCUCGCACGCCAUCUGGCGAACCUUCCGGCGCGAGAUUCUCUUGACCUUGGGGCUCAACGUCGUCGCUGCUAGCUUCAACCUGCUCCAACCGUGGCUCAUCAAGUCGAUUGUGCAGUUCAUCCAACACGACGGCGACGACGGGACGCCCGUGACCACGAGCAUGGGUGUCUCGUCCGGCUACGGUCUCGCUGCGUUGCUCGCGUCGUCGUCGUUUCUCUCGAUUCUCUGUGGCGACUAUGCUCAGACCAAGGCCGCGCAGAUCGGCUGCAACGUCAAGUCCAUCUUUAUCGACGUUGUGUUUCUCAAGACCCUGCAGCUCUCGGGGACAUCCAAGCAGUCGCUCACGUCCGGUGAUGUCGUGACAAUGACGACCGUCGACUCGGAGAAGAUGCUGCUUGGCUUCUGGAUGGGCUUUUGGGCCAUCAUUGCGCCUGCGAUGCUGCUCGCCAUCAUGGUUCUCAUGGGCAUCGAGCUCGGCGCCGUUGUCGGCGCGAUCGCGGGCGUCCUCAUGUUCGCAUUCCUCGGUGCCGGGUACUACUCGGGAUCGCAAGUCGGUGCCGUCAAGCGCCGCCUGCUUGUCGUCCAGGCCGAGCGCGUCAAGCUCAUGUCCGAGAUCCUCCAGGGCAUCCGCGUCGUCAAGCUCUACGCAUGGGAGACGCACCUCGAGGCGCACAUCACCGCCGUCCGCCUUCGCGAGUUCCAGCUCAUUCGCACGUACCAGGUCAUGCGCGUUGUCAACACGGUCACACUGUACGCGGCGCCGCUCGUGACGAUGGCCGUGUCACUACUGACGUACGUCGCCUUGGGCCACGAGAUGCAGUCGACGACGGCGUUCACGGUGCUCGCACUUAUGAACACGGCGAGCCUCCCGUGCAUGAUCUUCUCCAACGCCGUCAUGCACGCAACGGAUGCGUUUGCGUCAUGUGACCGCGUCAAUGCCUUCUUGCUCUGCGACGCGACGGCGCCACUGGGAUUACCGCCGCCGUCAUCUCGGGUGUCGACUCGGGUGUCGUCUCGGGUGUCGUCUCGGAUGUCGUCUCGGGGGCCGUCUCGGGCGCUGUCGUCGUCGCCGCCGGUAGCGACAACCGCUUCGCCACCGACGACGACCGAGAUUGCACUGGUCGAUGCGACACUGGCGUGGCACAAAACGCCGACGCUGCACCGCAUCUCCGUGUCCAUUGCGACGACGACGCCGUCGCUUACGAUAGUCGUGGGACCCGUCGGCAGCGGCAAGUCGAGUCUUGUGCACGCCCUCCUUGGCGAGAUGCCGUUGGUCGACGGUCGUCGCCGCGUCGCCACCAACGUCGCGUUUGCGAAUCAAGAGGCGUGGAUCCAGCACGACACGCUGCGCAACAACAUUCUCUUUGGCGACCAUCUCGACGCCGCCAAGUACGGAGCCGUCCUGGACGCGUGUCAGCUGCGACACGACCUCGCGAGUCUCCCGGCGGGCGACGCCACCGAGAUUGGCGAGCGCGGUAUCAACCUCAGCGGCGGCCAGAAGGCGCGCGUGUCACUGGCCCGCGCACUCUACAAGUCGAACGCCGACGUCUUCCUUCUCGACGACCCGCUCAGCGCAUUGGACGUGCACGUCGCCAGCAGCGUCUUUCGCGACGGCAUCCAAGGACUCUUGAAGCGCAAGACGGUGGUGCUCGUGCUCAACAGCCACUACUACCUCCUGCCGCUGGCCGACCGUGUGCUUGUCAUGGCCGACGGCUGCAUCGUUGGCGACGGACCGUUUGAUGCGCUGCAAGACGCAUUUCCCGACCUCGUGGCGACGCAUGCGACCGAGACCAAGGUGGUGCCAGCGUCGUCCGAGCACGCGACGCCAAUAAUGGACAACCAAGCGACGGCAGAUGACGAGACAAAGACCUCGAGACCGACACUCAUGACAACCGAAGACCGUGUCAACGGCGCCGUGUCGCUGCAGACGUACGCCACGUACUUUGGCUCGAGCGGCUGGAACAGCGCCGUUGUCGUCGCCACCAUCGUGCUCAGUUACGGCGCGUGCCAAGGAUGCGUCGUCGCCGGUGACGUGUACCUCGGCCAUUGGGCGACCACCGCGUCGCUCGCCAAGAGCCUCGGCGCCGGUGGUGUCUACGGCGGCAUCAUGCUCGGUGCGCUGACAUUGGUCGUCGGCCGCAGCCUCUUUGCGCUCUACAUUGCGCAAAAGUGCUCGCUGCACCUGCACGCGCGGCUCUUCCGCAAGGUGCUCUCGCUGCCCGUCCCGACGUUCUUUGACGUGACGCCGCUCGGACGCAUUCUGAACCGGUUCGCGACCGACCUCGACACGCUCGACAGCCAGAUCCCGUUUUACGGGUACCUCCUCCUGCAGUUUCUCUUCCAGAUCCUCGCCGUGCUGGUGGUGUGCGGCCUCUCGACGCCGUAUGUGCUGCUGCUGUACCCGUUGAUGGGCUUCCUCUUUUACAAGGCGCAGACGUACUUCAACCCGGCAUCCGGUGCGCUCAAGCGGCUCGAGCUCGUGACGCGGUCGCCGCUCGUGACGCUCGUGGCCGAAGCGCUCGACGGUCUCACGACGAUCCGGGCGUUUGGGCUCGCAGCGACAUUUGUCGUCUGGAACCGAACCCGACUGGACGCGCACAUGCGGUAUUUUAGUACGUUUUACCUGAGCCGGUGCUGGUUCCAGAUGCGCCUCGACAUGCUCUCGGCCGGCAUCGUGGUCGCCGUCGCCUUUCUCUGCAUCGGUCUCCGGAGCUCGAUCGGCGUCGUCGCCGCCGGCCUCUCGCUCACAUAUGCGGCGCAGCUCUCGGCGUUCCUCUCGAAAGCCGCCAUGUUUUACAACAACAUGGACAACAUGAUGACGUGCGUCGAGCGGCUCGCGCACUACGACUCGCUUCCUGGCGAAGACGACGUCCAGGAGCAAGACAUUCAUACGAGUCGGACCAUGCUGGAAGCCGACGCGGCGUGGCCAAGUGAGGCGUGCAUCACGCUCACUAACGUCAGUAUGCGCUACCGCCACGACCUGCCGCUCGUGCUCCGCGACAUCAAUCUCGUCAUUCCCGGCCGCACCAAGGUCGGCGUCUGCGGCCGCACCGGCUCGGGCAAGAGCUCGUUUGUGAGCGCCCUCUUCCGCCUCGUGUCGGUGGACGCCGGCGUCAUUGCGAUCGACGGCGUCGACAUUGCGUCCAUCUCGGUGACGUCGCUCCGGUCCCAGCUUACGAUCAUUCCGCAAGACCCGGUGCUCUUCUCUGGCUCGCUGCGCUUCAACUUGGAUCCGUCCGGCGAUGCGAACGACGCGGCGCUCUGGGCCGCACUCAAGCACGUGCAGCUGGCCUCGUACAUCAAGAGCCUCGGCGGCCUCGACUUUGACGUGUCCGAGCGCGGUGCCAACCUCUCGGUGGGCCAGCGCCAGCUCGUCUGCAUUGCGCGCGCGCUCCUUCGGCAGUCCAAGAUCGUCGUUUUGGACGAAGCGACGGCCAACGUCGACGUGGCAUCCGAUCGUCUCAUCCAGGACGCGAUCCGCACGUGCUUUGUCAACGUGACGCUGCUCGUCAUUGCGCACCGCCUCGAGACCAUUUUGCACUGCGACCGCAUCCUCGUGCUCGAGAAAGGCCAGGUCGACGAGUUUGACGCGCCGGCGACGCUGCUCCAACAACGCGGCACGUUCCACGGGCUCAUGCAGCAGGCGGGCUUGGCAUAGCCAGGUGUGCGCUGAUUUGUGUAGGAUAGUGUAGAUGCAUUACUGGCUGGAAACGAGUAUAUACCACGAA